AUGCAUCAACCACAUCAACAACUGUUUCAACCAAAACAACAGCUGCACCAAGCACUACAAAAGAAGCAAAAACUACAACUACAGCUGGCUCCACCUCAACUACAGCUACCCCAGCCACAUCAACAACUGUUUCAACAGCUACACCAACCACAACUAAGGCUAGCUCAACCACAAUGACAGGUGCACCAUCCACUACAAAAUCUGCAAAAACCACAACUCAGGCUAGCUCAACCACAGCAACAGCUGCACCAACAAUAUCAUCAAGUGUUUCAACAGCAACUACAGAAGCACCAACCACCACUACAGCUAUGCAAACCACAACAAAAGUUGCACAAACCAGAACUACAGCCACACCAACCACAACUACAGCCAGCUCAACCACAACAUCAGCUGCAAUUACCACCACUUCAGACACACCAGCCGCAACAACAACUGCACCAACCACAUCAACAACUAUUUCAACUACUACAACAAAUGCACCAACAACCACUACAGCUGCACCAACAACUACAAAAGAAGCAAAAACCACAACUGCAGCUGCCUCCACCUUAACUACAGCUGCCCCAACCACACCAACAACUGUUUCAAUGACUACAACUACAGCUACCCCAGCCGCAACAACAACUGCACCACCCACAACUACAGCUGCACCAUCAACAACAAAAGCUGCAACAACCACCACUUCAGCCACACAUGCCAGAACAACAGAUGCAUCAACCACAUCAACAACUGUUUCAACCAAAACAACAGCUGCACCAAGCACUACAAAAGAAGCAAAAACUACAACUACAGCUGGCUCCACCUCAACUACAGCUACCCCAGCCACAUCAACAACUGUUUCAACAGCUACACCAACCAUAACUAAGGCUAGCUCAACCACAAUGACAGGUGCACCAUCCACUACAAAAUCUGCAAAAACCACAACUCAGGCUAGCUCAACCACAGCAACAGCUGCACCAACAAUAUCAUCAAGUGUUUCAACAGCAACUACAGAAGCACCAACCACCACUACAGCUAUGCAAACCACAACAAAAGUUGCACAAACCAGAACUACAGCCACACCAACCACAACUACAGCCAGCUCAACCACAACAUCAGCUGCAAUUACCACCACUUCAGACACACCAGCCGCAACAACAACUGCACCAACCACAUCAACAACUAUUUCAACUACUACAACAAAUGCACCAACAACCACUACAGCUGCACCAACAACUACAAAAGAAGCAAAAACCACAACUGCAGCUGCCUCCACCUUAACUACAGCUGCCCCCACCUUAACUACAGCUGCCCCAACCACACCAACAACUGUUUCAAUGACUACAACAGCUACACCAGCCGCAACAACAACUGCACCACCCACAACUACAGCUGCACCAUCAACCUCAAAAGCUGCAACAACCACCACUUCAGCCACACAUGCCAGAACAACAGAUGCAUCAACCACAUCAACAACUGUUUCAACCAAAACAACAGCUGCACCAAGCACUACAAAAGAAGCAAAAACUACAACUACAGCUGGCUCCACCUCAACUACAGCUACCCCAGCCACAUCAACAACUGUUUCAACAGCUACACCAACCACAACUAAGGCUAGCUCAACCACAAUGACAGGUGCACCAUCCACUACAAAAUCUGCAAAAACCACAACUCAGGCUAGCUCAACCACAGCAACAGCUGCACCAACAAUAUCAUCAAGUGUUUCAACAGCAACUACAGAAGCACCAACCACCACUACAGCUAUGCAAACCACAACAAAAGUUGCACAAACCAGAACUACAGCCACACCAACCACAACUACAGCCAGCUCAACCACAACAUCAGCUGCAAUUACCACCACUUCAGACACACCAGCCGCAACAACAACUGCACCAACCACAUCAACAACUAUUUCAACUACUACAACAAAUGCACCAACAACCACUACAGCUGCACCAACAACUACAAAAGAAGCAAAAACCACAACUGCAGCUGCCUCCACCUUAACUACAGCUGCCCCCACCUUAACUACAGCUGCCCCAACCACACCAACAACUUUUUCAAUGACUACAACUACAGCUACCCCAGCCGCAACAACAACUGCACCACCCACAACUACAGCUGCACCAUCAACAACAAAAGCUGCAACAACCACCACUUCAGCCACACAUGCCAGAACAACAGAUGCAUCAACCACAUCAACAACUGUUUCAACCAAAACAACAGCUGCACCAAGCAAUACAAAAGAAGCAAAAACUACAACUACAGCUGGCUCCACCUCAACUACAGCUACCCCAGCCACAUCAACAACUAUUUCAACAGCUAUACCAACCACAACUAAGGCUAGCUCAACCACAAUGACAGGUGCACAAUCCACUACAAAAUCUGCAAAAACCACAACUCAGGCUAGCUCAACCACAGCAACAGCUGCACCAACAAUAUCAUCAAGUGUUUCAACAGCAACUACAGAAGCACCAACCACCACUACAGCUAUGCAAACCACAACAAAAGUUGCACAAACCAGAACUACAGCCACACCAACCACAACUACAGCCAGCUCAACCACAACAUCAGCUGCAAUUACCACCACUUCAGACACACCAGCCGCAACAACAACUGCACCAACCACAUCAACAACUAUUUCAACUACUACAACAAAUGCACCAACAACCACUACAGCUGCACCAACAACUACAAAAGAAGCAAAAACCACAACUGCAGCUGCCUCCACCUUAACUACAGCUGCCCCAACCACACCAACAACUGUUUCAAUGACUACAACUACAGCUACCCCAGCCGCAACAACAACUGCACCACCCACAACUACAACUGCACCAUCAACAACAAAAGCUGCAACAACCACCACUUCAGCCACACAUGCCAGAACAACAGAUGCAUCAACCACAUCAACAACUGUUUCAACCAAAACAACAGCUGCACCAAGCAAUACAAAAGAAGCAAAAACUACAACUACAGCUGGUUCCACCUCAACUACAGCUACCCCAGCCACAUCAACAACUAUUUCAACAGCUACACCAACCACAACUAAGGCUAGCUCUACCACAAUGACAGGUGCACCAUCCACUACAAAAUCUGCAAAAACCACAACUCAGGCUAGCUCAACCACAGCAACAGCUGCACCAACAAUAUCAUCAAGUGUUUCAACAGCAACUACAGAAGCACCAACCACCACUACAGCUAUGCAAACCACAACAAAAGUUGCACAAACCAGAACUACAGCCACACCAACCACAACUACAGCCAGCUCAACCACAACAUCAGCUGCAAUUACCACCACUUCAGACACACCAGCCGCAACAACAACUGCACCAACCACAUCAACAACAAUUUCAACUACUACAAGAAAUGCACCAACAAUCACUACAGCUGCACCAACAACUACAAAAGAAGCAAAAACCACAACUGCAGCUGCCUCCACCUUAACUACAGCUGCCCCAACCAUACCAACAACUGUUUCAAUGACUACAACAGCUUCACCAGCCGCAACAACAACUGCACCAUCCACAACUACAACUGCACCAUCAACCUCAAAAGCUGCCACAACCACCACUUCAGCCACACAUGCCAGAACAACAGAUGCAUCAACCACAUCAACAACUGUUUCAACCAAAACAACAGCUGCACCAAGCAAUACAAAAGAAGCAAAAACUACAACUACAGCUGGCUCCACCUCAACUACAGCUACCCCAGCCACAUCAACAACUAUUUCAACAGCUACACCAACCACAACUAA